AGGGCCGAACAGUUGCGACUGUAAAAUAUAGUACAGGAUGGUUAAAUGCAGGAUAAUAUUUUCGCAAGACUUGAGGAACUUUGGAUAAAUAUCUUGUGAAAAUCGAGAUGGCACAUGAGACACAUUUAAAGAACAACAAAUACCGACAGUGGGUCAAGGCAGGCCUAGGCCUUCGCUAUCUUCAAGAAGGGCUUGCGCCAUUUUGUGAUGACAUAGGAAAACAGCAACACAACGAUAUUAUAAACAAAAUACAACAAACAAAGACUCCUCAACCAAACGUUCCAUGCGGCGCCUGUCAGAUAACAACUCUCCAGCCAGAUCAUGUCCCAGUCUCAAAAGGGAUAUGUCCCCUACUACAAAAAAAUUGUAACUGUUGUUUUCCAAAAAAAACGAAACGCUGUCCAAACAACAUAUGUGGUGCCAUCUAUGACAGCAUUAUACAGUAUCAUGCAUCAACACCACCAGCACCUUUUUGGAGAAAUAGUGAUAGUCAACAGUGGUCAACAGACCCAUGGAGCGUGUGUAAAUGUUUUAUAAAUGUUCCUGGGUGCAAAGACAAGACAUCAGCAGUCGACACUGAAUUAAUUGGGUUGCUAAAUGUUAUCAUAAAUAACAAGUACUUUCAUAACCAUUUUGGAUGCAAUGUUACAGGACCAAACAAUCUUUUUUCAAAGGUAAGACAGUAUAGAAAUGACAUUUUACACUCAACAAGUAUGGAAUUAGAGGAAAGCAAGGCUAAUACUUACAUUGAGGAUAUGAUAGCUGUUCUACAAGAUGGAAAGGAAAUUGUACAUCGACAAGAUGCACAGCAAGCUGUCCUUAAACUUCAAGAACUUAAGAAGAAGGAUUUCGUUAUAACUUCUGAAAGCAAGGAUGAAAUGUCAGAAAAUGUUGCUGCUGAAGAGGAACAUGAGGAGCUUAAGGUAUUGAAUGUAUAAUUGACAAUGUUUUAAAAGUCAUCUAAAUUUUUGUAUAAUCAUAAAGCAAAAUAUUUGCCUUUAAACACGCGUACAGGUGUCUAACCAUGUGUGUUGACAAAUUAUAGCCCUGAGUCAAAAUUGGCGGAAACAAUUUUCUGAGACUUGUAAAUUAUUGUAAGAUGAGUUAAAGU